GUCUGAAAUCCGAAUAGCACACAAUUUUGAUAAAUGAUAAUAGAUAUGAGAGUUUGACAUUUGAUUUUCCAGAGUUUUACUCCGGAUCUUUAAUAUUAUUAUUCAAAAAUGUUUAUAGUGACAUGAAAAGUUGUAGUUUAACGAACAAUGCCGAGAAAAGCCCUAAGUAACGUUUUUUGUCUUUGAUAUGAGGCAAUUGGACAUCUCUUUUGGGCAGUUCAUCAGUCUUGAAAAUAAUGGAGAUUAAAAUUCAUGAUUGGGAUGAUAACGAGACGGUAAAUCACAAUAUAAUUUUAAUUAAAGGAGCUAUAGCGUGUAAAGGUCAGACUUUGAAUUGUGAGGAGGGAUGUAAGUUGCUCUGCAGAAAUGAUAAUGCAGAAGGUGAAUGGCCUGUAGUGCAUGGCAGCUUCAAGUGUCUAGCUAAAUUGAAGCAAGGCUCCAAUAGGAUUAUAUUAGAGUAUAAAACUGCCCGAAAGCAGCUUGACAUAAAUUUGAAAUACAACGAGACCAAGUUGUGCAUUUGUCCGGUGUAUAUAGUCUGCAAAGGGCAUGACGGACGGUUCCAGGCACCACCUGGAUGUGAUAACAGCAUUGAGAACGCUUGUAAAAGAAUCGCUUUAGGGCUCAACCUGGUCCAGUGCGUCUUCGCUGAGAAGCUGCAUGAGCAAGGUUUCGGCCGGAAGAGUUUCCAGUUGGAGACCGACCUGUAUGAUGGAGUACCAGAAUGCCAUGUGUUCAGAAGUGACCUCAGUGUCGAUGAUGCGAGAAAGUGGGAUGAGCAGAAGCUCUGGGAGUACUUCGGGAGGGAGCUGAUGUGUUCAGAGUUGGGCGAUGAACACAGGAAGUACCUCGUGUUUCUGUCUUGUACGUACUGGGAUGGCAGCUCGGUUUCGGGAGAUCCUGCACUCGGAGGAGGCGGCCUGGCUCUUCUCGGCUCAGCCUGCCUUCACACUUGGCCGACUGAUUUAGCUAAUGUUGUUGACUGCUUCACAAGUAAAGAAAAAAUAGGACCCUCACUGCUCGACAAUAGUUGCUUUAGGGGAACAUAUGGUGGAUGUUAUAGCACAAGUUUUGGUUCUGUAUGCCAUGAGAUUGGCCAUAUGUUUAACCUGGGCCAUUCUCCUACUGGCAUCAUGUCACGCGGAUUCGAUCAUAUCGGAAGAGUUUUUACCAUGAGCAGUAAUCAACAUAAAAAUGAUGAAAUAGCCUUAAUGCCGUGCCUAUCUGUGCAGUUGGGUCCUAGCACCUUAGUGAAAUCACAGACGAGGAGUAAGAAAAACCAAAAAGAAGAUGAUAUGACCCAUCUAACAAAGUCAUGUGCUACACUUCUCGCCCACCAUAAAUGGUUCAACAAUGACACCGAUGUUGAAUUAGAUAUGCGUUUUGAUAGUUUAAGGAAUGUCUUGACUAGUGAAAAUGGGUUGAAGGUGGUUCAGUUGAGAGCUUCUUGUGGGGCAGUUUUAAAAAGUUGGGAACUGGGGAGCAAGUCGCCUCACAAACAUCUUAUUUUACCAAGAACAACUUCAAACACGACAUCCCUCGUCGCAAUGGACGCCAAUGGUAACAUACUAUCUCUUCAGAUCUAGUAAGAUAAUUUAUUAAUUAGAAAUAAAGACUGAUUUCAUUCAUCUGUAAUAAUCUUAGAUACCAAAAGUGAUAAAAAUGAUAGGGUAUCUUGUUAAAUAAUAUCGCACGACUAUAGUCAUAAAAGUUUUUUUUUUUAAUUACAGAAUAAAUAAACUUGUGAUAUUUUCUUUUUUUCAUUAAUUCCAAUUAUUCCAAGCAAUAAGCUAGAAAUAACCAACAAAGGCUAAAAUUUUUUAAAUUGUAAUGUAGCAUUCAUGGUGAAUUAGUCAACUUGAUUGUGAACUUGUGAUUACAGAGUUUAACGAUUUUGCAUACACAUGCGUAAAUAAAAUUUUAGACAGACAAAACAAAUGUUAGUUAAAUUUGAAAUUAAAAGCUUUAAUAGUAAAUCAAAUUCAAGCAUUUUAAACUAAAUUAUGCUGGGAUUUUGUCUCAAAUUAAAAUUAUCAUGAUUUUUAUGAUGAUCUUGAUUCUUAAUUUUUUCUUGUAUAAAAAAUCCAUGUCAUCCAGAAACAGCUUUUUACGUUUUUUAUUAAAUAAGUGUGGAACUUUUGCCACUUACAUACUUUACUUCCUAUGUGAUAUAACUUAAUGUUUGUUAUUUAUAUUAGCUCAUAAGUUUAUUGUUAUUGUUUUAUGGACUAUGUUAUUAAUUUUUAUUAUCAAAUGUGGUAAAACAACAUUUUAAAAUGUAACAAUUUAAUACAUUGGAAAUACAUUUUGUAUUUGUUUACAGAAAUAUGAAACGAGUUCAAGAUAUUGCUCGAUUAUUCAAUUUAUGUUUAAUAAAAUUAUUAUUUUAAA